GGAAUCCCAAUAUUUAAUUUUGAUGACGUCAGACAUUUAUAUAAAACGUCAUCACUUUUAUUAGGACGGAAUGCGUUCACAAAGCUAUGUUUAGAUCUCAACUAUGAAAAUAUUUUCACCCUGGUUUGGCAAACCAACAGGCCGCGCUUCGCACCAACCUCGUGUAUUUGAAAUUGACCGCCAAAUCUACCGUAAAAAUGACGGGAAUUAACUGACAUUUUUCAGGAAAGUAUCUUUCGUCACAAAGUCGUAUAAGUUUUCUCAGGCUCAGAUGACAAAUUGUGUUCACUUUUAAAUGUAGACGUGAUCUAGAUGUACUUAUUGAAGGUACAUACAGGCCGGUACACUGGACACUUGUUCAUCUACAUGUCCGUACGAAACGUACAGAGGGGCAAGAAUAGUGGAAAGGCGUGGAGAUAUUGGCUUAUGUUGCUAAUGGUGGCGAUAUAUAUUAUCGGAAUAAAACGGAUUAUAUACCAGCGUAUUACAUUCCGUGCCAAUAUAAAGAUUUAAACGAUACAGACGUUAAGUCUUAGAUUCAAUCAAAAGAACAUUUUUUCAUGAAUAUAUAAAAGGAGAACCUUGAAACGAGCAGGUUUCCGUUACUUCUCGGUGAAAUUUAGGGUUUGGUAUAUAUAACUGAUAUCAAAAUACACUUAUGUCAGCGUCCUCUUCGCAGACGACAUCAAAUCAACAGACGUCAAGGAAUCAUUCUACUUUAGAUGCGCAACAAACCACAGCUGAGCACCAGCCCCAAUCUGAGAACGAGCAGACGACACCAAAUGGAGAGACGCUUCCAGAGCAGCAGACGUCAUCUGAGCUGCACGCGACAUCUGAGCAGCAUGCGACAUCUGAGCAGCACGCGACAUUUGUACAGCAGUCAUCUGUGCAGCAGACGCUAUUUGAGCAACUUGCGACAUCUGAACAGCAGACAGCAUGCGUGCAGCAGACUUCAUCUGAGCAACAGACCACAACACUUUCAUCAAACUCAACAUUUAGUUUUGAACCUAUGAUGACAGUUAUUAACAAAAUAGCAGACGGACAACGAGUUCCGCCACAGACUACUAUGAAAUAUGAAAUGUUAAGGUUUUGCACCCUUCGAUCUUUUCCAAAAGGGAACAAACCUUAUAUUACCAGAUUGGCUGCUGCAGGAUUUUAUUACGCAAACGAAGGCGAUGAAGUCGUCUGCUAUUGUUGCGCGCGACGUAGAAGAAAUUGGACAGAAUUCGAAAAUCCUAUCGAAGUACAUAGAGAAUUAAAUCCAAACUGCAGCUUUCUCACUCGUAAUUCUGAAGUUAAUGUCUCAGUCAGACAAAGUAUUGAAAGCUCUACAACAGAAUCUCACUCAAACCUGUCAACAAUAAAUAGAGGCCAGUCUAACACUAAUUUUCGUAAUGAAUUAACUGAAGUGAAUGUGUCGUCUGCAGUUGAGACUGGUUCACGAAUUCAAACGAAUCAAAACUCUGAAAACUCAUCUUUUGCAAGCAAUGUGCUUUCAUCAAGAGGAGGGAACCAGUCUGUUUCACUACUUCCUGUUGAUGUUCCGCAAACAACUACAGACAACCAGUCUUCAAAUAAUUCUACAGGAAGCGUAUCUUCGUCUGUGACCCCAAAAUACCCCAAGUAUAUCAGCACGACAUCUCGGUUGUCGAGCUUUAAUGAUUGUGGGGACAUCGUCGUCCCACCAGACCGCCUCGCACAGGCCGGCUUCUUCUACGCUGGUUUUGGGGAUUGUGUCCGGUGUUUCCAAUGUGGAGUCGGAUUACGUCAUUGGUCGGAGGAAGAUGAUCCAUGGAUAGAACAUAGUAGAUGGUCAAAUGAAUGUUCAUACGUACGACAGAUUAGAGGAAGAGAGUUCGUGAAUAUCGUGCAGAUGGCUGUUCAGUAUUCACAAAACCAAACCGAAAAUGAAGCAAUUUCAACACAAGGAACUGAAGCAGGCAGAGGUUCCGGAAAUGCGUCUGCAGACAUAGAUAGACUGAUGCACACAAACGCUGCACAAAGCGUCUUGGAGAUGGGUUAUCAUCCUGACGUCAUUAGAAGAGCUAUCAGAAUGGUCCUGUCCUCAACAGGACAUGGAAUUUUAACAGCUACAAACAUAAUGGAGAAAAUCUUUGAAAUUGAAGACUCUGAAUCUCAAGGAAAUACUGCACAUGAGAAUGCGGAAUUACGCGCACCUGCAAACACUGAAGCACGCGCACCUGCACACGUAGAAGCACGCGCACCUGCAAACGCAGAAGCUCGCGUACCUGCAAACGCAGAAGCUCGCGUACCUGCAAACGCAGAAUCACGCAAAAGUAAAAAUGAAACAUUUAACACAACAACACAGGAAAUACAAGGUUUAGAAAAUAGACACGAAAGCGCAACUCCUCAAAGCGCCCCUUUAGAAAAUGUUAGUGGUGCUGUUGCCAAGGGUAACGAGAAACUGCUUAAUAAUGGUUCGUCUGAAAACCAACCGGAAACUGCGACACGUCAUAAUGAUGACGACAAAACUUGUUCUGGGAAUGUAAAUGGUAAUGAAAGCCAAGGCAAACAACAGAACGUGUCGUCAGACGAAAGUAAACGGGCAAAUUCAAAGCAGACGACACGUGAAAGUCACGCAAGCCGUGAUGCACAUCUUAGGGAACAGAAAAGGCUAAAGGAGGAAAAUGAUAUGUUAAAACAACAAUCUUUAUGUACAAAGUGUCAUGUUAAUGACGUUUGUAUAGUUUUCUUACCAUGCGGACACCUUGUCACGUGUGAAACCUGUGCACCUACUGUACGAUAUUGCACGGUGGUCACGUGCGGCAAAUAUAUUAAAGGUACCGUGCGCACGUACCUGGCUUAAAGAACUUAAGGAAAGAAGGACAGCUUGAUAGAAAAUGCAUAUAUGCACGAACUUAUCUUAUAAAGGAAAAAGCCAAUGUAACAUAACAUAACAACGGUUUGGUAAAGAAAAAAGUUAUUGUUCAGGAAUACCUUACCGUUCUUUUCCAGCCUUGAGUUAAAAAUGAUGAAAAUGUUUGGUGUAUUAGGUGUGGAGUGGCAUUGACAUAUGAUUUAAAUACUCAUCUCGAGUUCAUCUUCACGAAUUCACAAUUUAAACAUUCAAAAUAUACGAAUUCACGAUUUCAACAAAUAAAUUUCACGAUUUUAACUUCAUGAAUUCAAGAUUUCAACUUAAUGAAUUAACGAUUUCAACUUUACGAAUUGACGAUUGUACGGGUUCAGUAUAACGAUUUAAACGUCAUGAAUUCAACUUCAUUCAAUAAUGUGUUGACUGUCAUGAUUUCAAUUUCGUGAAUUCAUGAUUUCAGAAUUUCAGCUAAUUUAAGACAUAUCCUGGAGUAAGAUUCUACGCGGAGAUUUUUUUCUUUUUUUUUGUACAUAUGUUCUAUGGGUUACAUAGAACAAAAAUCAGGUUUAAAAAAAUAGGGGUCACCAUGCUCGUUUUUUCACAAUGUCGCUUUUUCAAGGGCCAUUACUCUGUAUGUCUUUAAAAAAUGAUAUUCAGACAAUUAUAAUCAAUAAUUGUAAUAAAAGACAAGAAAUAUACAUAAAAGUCAUGAUUUCUUCUUCAAAUUAUAUUUAUUGAGCAUUUUAAAAUACAACAGAUAUAAAAAUCAGUACAUUUUGGGUAAAAAAUGAUGGAAUUUAUGUCUAAAAUCUUAAACCUAAGGGUUGAUAAACAGACAAAAUUUUGACAUUUUUGUCUGUAAAAUAAAUUCUAACGCAGAGAAUUUGUCCAUAUUUCUAAUUCAAUUAGCUAAUUAUAUAUGCUUACAGAAAAUACAAAGAAAUAUAUGCCUUACCAUGCUCGUUUCUGAGUAAAAUGGCAAGUUAUUACCUCCCCUUAAUAGUAAAAUGUGGCUAAAUGAUCAUUUUCAUGAUUUGUAGCAGUUAUAAAGGGUACAGAAUGUAAAGUUUUAAAAUAAAUAAUACAUUAUUAAGACUGCAUAAAAAUAGAAGUGGCUGUCUUUUCAUACUUGUUUUGGAAGAAAACAAAACAGUUUUAUUACCUCCCUUUAUACGUAAAAAAUAGCCAUUUUAUAAUGUAUCUAUUUUUCAUAAUUUUUCAACACCAUGAGGACUAGAUUUCCUUGUCUUACAUGUUUCUUUAAAAAAAAUAAUUGUUAUUCUUCAUAUAAAAUAAAUAAUCAAACAUGAUUUUUGUUUGUUUCAGUUAUUAUUACAUCUUUCAAUGAGAUGUUCACAACUUGUAUUCAUGAGAAAAAAAACAAUAUGAAAUAUGAUAUAAAGCAAUUUUUUUCUAUUCAUUACAUGCUUUUAUACUUUUUUUUUAAAUAGUCAAAUGCCACAUAAUAUCAACAAAUCAUGAUGUCACAAAUGUUUUGGUAGAAAAUAGUGAGUCAAAAUUUUUAAUUAUAAUUU